CAUACCAACACCCAUUACUCUCUCUGUGUCUAACAAACUCCAAUUCUUUAAUUCUACCAUAACAAAGCUAACCCAUUGUGUUUCAAGAAAAGGAAAAAAUGAAAGAAUCUCCAAAAUCAAAGCAAUGGAGACCCUUCACCUCAAAUUGCUGUUCAGCUGAAAACCAAACAAUCUUGGGUAACUUUAGCAGAUGUAGGCCUUCAAAAUCAGAUUUCUCAAAGAAUAUAGCACCAUCACCAUCAUUUAAACGACUGUCGUUUUCUGAUCUUAGUAGGUCUUCUUCUCUGCGUAUUAAUGAAGAUAUUGCUCAGUCGUUAGGGCCUGACCUGUUUGAUUUUCAACUCAGUGAGUUAAAAGCUAUAACUCACAACUUCUGCAGCAAUUAUUUGCUUGGAGAAGGUGGGUUUGGGACUGUUCAUAAGGGUUAUGUAGAUGAUCAUUUAAGAGAAGGCUUGAAGGCUCAGCCUGUUGCUGUUAAGCUUCUUGACAUUGAAGGUCUUCAAGGACACCGCGAAUGGCUGGCAGAAGUAGUGUUCCUGGGUCAACUGAGACACCCAAAUUUGGUGAAACUGAUUGGGUAUUGCUGUGAGGAUGAAGAACGACUUCUCGUUUAUGAGUUCAUGCCUCGAGGCAGCUUAGAAAACCAUUUAUUCAAAAGGAUUUCAGUGUCACUGCCAUGGGGCACAAGGUUAAAAAUAGCAGUAGGAGCAGCUAAAGGUCUAGCUUUCUUGCAUGAUGCUGAGAAGCCUGUCAUUUAUCGAGACUUCAAGACUUCCAAUGUCUUGCUUGAUUCUGACUUUACGGCUAAAUUAUCAGAUUUUGGACUGGCAAAGAUGGGACCUGAAGGAUCUGACACACAUGUCACCACUCGUGUGAUGGGUACAUAUGGAUACGCUGCUCCUGAAUAUGUUUCAACAGGGCACUUAACAACCAAAAGUGAUGUUUAUAGCUUUGGAGUAGUAUUGCUAGAGCUAUUAACUGGAAGAAGAGCAAUGGACAAGUCAAGGCCAAAGAGUGAGCAAAAUCUCAUUGACUGGGCAAAACCUUAUCUCACAAGCAGCAGAAGAUUAAGGUAUAUUAUGGAUCCAAGACUUGCAGGACAGUAUUCGGUUAAAGGAGCAAAGCAAAUUGCUCAUCUAGCAACCCAGUGCAUAAGCAUAAACCCUAAGGACAGACCAAAAAUGCCAGCCAUUGUUGAAACACUUGAAGCUCUACAACAGUACAAGGACAUGGCUGUCACUAGUGGGCAAUGGCCUCCUUCUCCAAAAUCCAAGGCAAGUGCUAAUCAAAGCAGAAGUACAAGUUAUAAAAAACCUUCUCCUCUUGUUCCAACCAAAAAAGCUUAACUUAGUAUAUAUGUGUGUGGUGGGUGUUUGUGUAAUUGGAGCAGAAUUGAACUUAGACAUGUCUGUAAAUAUGUGAAUGGUAUAUUCAUAGCAUAUAUAUGUAUGAACAUAUGGAAUGGAAAAAAUAAAAAUUUCUUGGUUUGGAAAA